AUGGAUCCCUAUGCGCAAAAUGAGACAUCUACUGUCCCCGAUUGCGUCGGACCGCAGACUGACGUGCUUCUCAACGGUAACGGGAGCUUGGAGACAUCAAACAUCACCUGCGGCAACGCCUUCACACUCCUCAUACCUCGGCGUGUGAGGCAGAGAGAUGAGGACCACACAGUGCGGAUCCUACUCUACUCGCUCAUCUUCUUCCUGAGCGUAUUUGGCAACCUGCUGAUCAUCGUGGUGCUGACAGUUAACAAGCGCAUGCGCACCGUGACCAACACCUUCCUGCUGUCUCUCGCCGUCAGUGACCUGAUGAUGGCCGUCUUCUGCAUGCCCUUCACCCUCAUCCCCAAUAUCCUCAAGGACUUCAUCUUUGGAGCUGCCAUGUGCAAGAUAGUGUCCUACCUCAUGGGCAUAUCAGUGAGCAUCUCCACAUUUAGCCUGGUUGCCAUAGCGAUUGAGCGCUACAGCGCCAUCUGCAACCCCCUGAAGUCACGGGUGUGGCAGACCCGUUCCCAUGCCUAUCGGGUGAUUGCUGCUACUUGGAUGCUGGCCUUCAUCAUCAUGAUCCCCUAUCCAAUCAUCAGUCACCUGGAGUCUUUUCCGCGACCUGACAACACCACAGCGCACCAGUGUCGCCCCAAGUGGCCCCUUGCAAUGGCAGAGCGGACAUGGUACAUUCUGCUUCUGCUUGUGCUGUUCGCAAUCCCAGGAGUGGUGAUGAUUGUGGCUUAUGGGCUAAUCUCCAGGGAACUUUAUAGAGGCAUCCAGUUUGAGAUGGGCCACAAAAAAGACUCAACUGAUGUGAAGAAUGGCCUGACCACCACUGCGUCUAGUGGCAGUGAUGAUGGCGAUGGUUGCUACGUUAAUGUCGUCCAGCGGCCGCACUCGAUGGAGAUGUCUACCAUGGCUGCAUCAGGCAGGGCAAACAAGUCAGAGCGCCCGCGCAGCAACACAUCUGAGGCCAAACUGGAGGCCAAGAAGAGGGUCAUCCGCAUGCUGGUGGUCAUUGUUGUCCUGUUCUUUCUCUGCUGGAUGCCACUGUAUUGUGCCAACACCUGGCGGGCUUUUGACGACAACUCUGCCAAACGCGCCCUGUCUGGGGCCCCCAUCGCUUUCAUCCAUUUGUUGUGCUACACCUCUGCCUGCGUCAACCCAAUUAUUUACUGCUUCAUGAACACACGUUUUCGCAAAGCUCUGCUUGCCACGUUCUCGUGCUGCUCUUCACCUUGCCAUCGUCGUCGUCGCGGUGGACUACGAGACAACGAAGAGGAUGUUAUGGCAACAGGCGCGUCCAUGUCCAAGUUCAGUUACACUACAGUCAGCACCAUGGGAACCUGCUGAGGCGGAAGGAUGCAGGCACAAUCCAGGAGAGACAGUUACUACGGCAACACAGCACCCCACAUCCUUUGUCUUUAGGCCAACUCUGUGCUCAUAGGGACUGCAGUGUGGAUUGGAAGAACAGACCAUAUAAUGUAGCAGUAUAGAAGCUGCACACACGACUGUGAGUAUGAUCAUUUAGGGAAUAUUUAAUGAUGCCCAGUCUUACAGUGUAAAUACCUCCAUAGCUAUUUUGAAAAAGCACAGAAAACAGAGCAGAUAGUUAUCUCUUUUC